AUGCUCUACCUUCUAGUAUUACAGGAAAAACCGGGCCCAAGUCCCUCGUGCAGAGGCUAUAUCAACGCUUCACUCUUACCGGUAGAAAAAUCUCGAAUCCUAGAACGAUUGAAUCGUAGGCGAAGUGACAUCGCGCGUGGAGUGCGACGUUUGCCCACUGCUGGGGAUAUGUUGAAAUUGAUAUCGUGGCGGGAUCGUCUCCGUAGCGUGCAGCGUCUAGUAUGCAACUUUGCGCCGCGCGGCCCCGUACCGUUCCGUCCGAUCUGGUCCCCUGCAUUACCUGCGUCCGUGUGUCCGCCACGCUCCCGUCCCGACGACGACAUGCCUGUAUUAUGUACUUAUCAGCGUGAUAUGGAUGAAACAUUCGAUGAGGACAAUAUAAUGUCACUCGAGGAACAUUUACUAUUAAAUGCAGUCUUUGAAAUCGAAAGGAAUAUAUCGAGAGAUUAUAUAGGAAGCUUAGAUGAAACAUACUUAACUAAACUAGCAGUAGCUACUAUAGAUAAUACGUUGUUAACAACUUCAUCUUACAAUUUAGUACAAAAACGAAAUAUCGAUAUAAUAGAUACUGAAGAUUUUACUAUAAAUGAUACUAGAACUACCUUGAAUGCGGAAAAUUUUCAUAUUAAAUUCCCAAAUAUAUUAAAACCUGCAAAGAAAAAGGGAAAUUUCGUUGGCCGUCCAAAAGCGUAUAAAAUUGAAGAUUUAAAUGAUCUGACUACAGAACCAGUCAUAAAUGAAAAUCCUACUCAAGAGACAACUCCAGAGAAAUAUAAUUACGGCGAUUAUGAAUUUGUUGAUACAAUAGAUACGACUCCAGUCACAACUGUUAUCAAAACUACUACACAAAGAGUUACGUUUUCAUUAAUAAUGCACAAUACAAGCAAGCCUCUAUGGCUUCGUUCAGACAAUACUGUUAAAAGUAUCAAACAGGAGACAACGAACACAACGUUAAUACCAGAAGAUGUAACAACAGCAGAUGCAUCUUAUAGCAGAAUAUCUUACAACACAAGUGCUGAAGAUUUGGACGUAUAUAAUGAUAUUAUUUCAAAUUUAAACAUCACAAAAAUUUUGAAUAAAUCUGAUGAAGAUAUACUAAAUGAUCCGGAAACUAUGCGACAGUUAGAAGAAGCUUUGAAUCGUAUGGAAAAUAAGUUAGCGAAGCCGCCGUACACAGGAAAGGUCCGUCGAGAGUUGAGAAGUGAUGAAAAAUCAAACGAAAAUACUCCAAAUGACUCUAAUUUAAAGGAUUUAGAAAGAAAUAAAUCUUUAGAGCGAGGCCCGAUGCUAAGCAUGGUCUUGAAAUACUUGCCAUAUUUGAAACCCUAUGAGAAAACCAUAGUAGCUUCAAUGGACCUAAACGGUUCCCGAUCGUGGUACAGGCGAGAGAAUGACGUGAAGAUUGAAUUCGGUUUUGGAGUACCCCUUGGUGCGAUGUCCGCACACCCUGUGUUUCAUUCAGCUUGGGAUAUCGGGUGUCCUAGUUCUGGCUUCCACCAAAUGGCCAGAAUGAUGGAUCGCAUGAUGUCCGAAAGCCUACAGCCGUUUGGAUUUGCGAGACUUUCAGCGCGUCGUGGAGGCGAUAUGAAGGACGAUGCACCUCCACCUCGAGAUGGACUAAGAACUGAAAAUAGUGAUAAUAGACGAGACAGAGCGCGAAAUCCUAACACACACCUUGGUAAUGGAACUAGGCAUCCGCCUACACAAGUUGUAAAACCGACUCCAGUAAACAAGUUUCAAGAGCAGCCACUCGAUCAAACCAAACCAACAGAUCCUACCACAGAAAAAUGGGCUGGGACACUGCGAAAACGAGACCCUGAUAUCCAGCCUACUUUACCAUCGAUUGUCACUCGCAAGACGUCUUCAACUUCAUCCAUCAGUAGCGGAAGAAAAACUCGAUCAGUCGAAAGAGUACCGAGAACUCGAAGGCAAUUAGCUCCAAUAAAACCGAUAAUAAGGAAAUCUGAUAUACCAACAGAAGGCGAUAUGACAAUGUUGGAGAAAGAUGAAAAGAUCUUCAACACAUCUGGUUAUGAGAUACAUUUAGUUGAAACUCUGGAGAGGGACAUUUUGCAAAAGAAUCCUGAUGUACGUUGGAGGGAUGUGAUAGGAUUGGACGAUGCCAAGUCUGUAUUGCAAGAAGCAAUGGUACUGCCACUCGUGAUGCCUGAUUAUUUUAAGGGUAUACGUCGUCCCUGGAAAGGUGUACUAUUAACCGGUCCACCGGGAACAGGGAAGACGCUGUUAGCCCGAGCGGUGGCUACUGAAUGCAGGACCACCUUCUUCAAUGUAUCAUCCGCUACUUUGACUUCAAAGUAUCGCGGGGACUCUGAAAAACUUGUUCGCCUGUUGUUUGAUAUGGCAGCAUUCCACGCUCCCAGUACAAUAUUUCUCGACGAGGUGGACUCUUUGUGUGCGGUGCGAGGUGCAGACUCGGAACACGAGGCGUCUCGGCGGUUCAAAGCGGAACUGCUCAUACAAAUGGACGGGUUGGCAGCCGCUUUUAAUCAAGAUAAAGUAAUAAUGGUGCUAGCGGCUACGAACCACCCGUGGGACAUCGACGAGGCGUUCAGGCGACGUUUCGAAAAGAGGAUCUAUGUCGGUUUACCUGAUGAGGCGGCAAGAGUGAAGUUAUUGAGGCUGUGUCUGCGGGAAGUGGUUUUGGGCGACGACCUCGAUCUAACUGAACUGGCAAAUAAGUUGGAGGGGUAUAGCGGCUCUGAUAUUACUAAUCUUUGCAGGGACGCGGCCAUGAUGACAAUGCGUCGUAAAAUAGCCGGCAAGAGUCCUGAUCAGAUUCGUCGCUUGAAGCGCUCUGAGUUAGAUGCGCCUGUGUCCAAACAAGACAUGCACACCGCCAUAGAGAAGACGCGACGCACGGUCACUCAAGCGGAUGUAGCGCGUUACACCGCUUGGAUACAAAAACACGGCUGUUCC